AAGUUAUUUCGAACACUGAUUAAAAAACAUAAAAACAAACAGAUUGAGCAAGUAAAAAGAAACGAUAGAAGAGUUAAUCUAUAAACAACACUACUAGUGUGCAUAUAUGUAUUGAGGCAUUUCCAAACCCACUUCUCCAAAACAACACACACAAGACAUACACGCAAAGAAACAAGGAAGCAGAGAGAGAGAGAGAGAGAGAUGGGUGAUCAUGAAAUCCCCAAGAUUGUAUUGAGUGGUGAGGUUUUAGGUAUGGAGAGAGAAAGUGAAGCGUGGAAAGCUUUAACAAGAAAAGUAAGAGAGGCUUGCGAGAGAUAUGGUUGUUUUUUGGUGGAGAACUAUGAGAAGAUCCCUAUAGAGUUGCAUGAAGAGUUGUUUGAAACCACUAAAGAAAUAUUUGAUCUUCCUCAGGAGAAGAAGUUGCAGUACACAAAGCCCCACCCUAUAGAAGGGGGAUACAUCGGCAACCACCCCUUAGUCCCUCUCUAUGAGAGCUUUGGCAUCUAUGGCGAUGAUCAGGUUCAGGCUUUCCAAAACCUUAUGUGGCCCGAACAUGACAAACCCGGUUUCUGUGAGUUUCUCAAGUGUGUGAAUGCCAAGAUGUUGGAACUGAACUUGCUACUAUUGAGAAUGAUCAUGGAGAGUUAUGGGGUUGGAGAGUACUACAAGUCAAAGGCAUUUGGUGACAACACAGUAAACAAUUUUAGAGCGAUGAAGUACAAAGUUCCUAAAAGCAAGAAUGAAGAGGGAAUAGGGCUUGGGCCUCAUGUUGACAAAACCAUCCUUACCUUUUUAUGUGAUAAUUCAGUGCGAGGUCUUGAGGCCCUCACUCAAGAUGGAAUUUGGAUUUCACUUCACAUUCCCAAGGGUGCCUUGUUGGUCAUGGUUGGUGAUGCCCUUGAGGUUUUGAGCAAUGGAAGGCUUCAAGCAGCGAAACACAGGGUCAUAAUGAGUGGUGAGAAAGAGAGAUAUUCAUGUGCUUUCUAUACAAUACCAAAGGAUGGAGUGGGCAUUGAAGUACCUCAAGAGCUUGUUGACGAAGACCAUCCUCUCCUCUAUCGCCCCUUUGUUUAUUCUGAAUACCUUGAAAAACACCUUACCAACACUAAUUUCGAUGCACUCCAAGUUCAUGCCGGUAUUUGAUGACUUAAAAAGCUUGCUAGCUAGCUAGAAUGAAUAGAUUAGUGUGUUGCAGUAAUAAUAAUUUUCUCGUGUUAAAAGGAUCGAUUAUGCUAUGAACGCAUAAAGUAGACACUGAGAUUUUACAAGAUUUUAGUUUUUGUUUCUUGUGUGUGGAAUAAUAUUGGAGGAGAAGCUUAUGGCAGUAUGAUGGAUGAAGAUGUUCUGAUUGUUAGAUAUGUGGCCACAUAGGGUUUAUGUUAAUUACUAUUAAUUAUUUGUAUUUUAAAUAAUGAGUGAUAAAUAUUAUUUUUUUUAAAUUCAGCAAU